AAGCUGUCCUGGUUCGCAAACUACAUUUCCCAUCAUGCUCUAGCCCCACUUCCGGUGUCCUUCCUUCCUUCCCCUCAGCCCUGCCGCCGGGAUGCUGCGGGGGCUCCUGGCUUCCCCGGGUCCCGCUUCUGCCCUCCUGGGUCGCCGUUUCCCGGGCCUGCCGCUCCUGACGGCGCCUUGCCGCGGCAGGAAAUCCCGCCACGACCCUCCGGCCAAAUCCAAGGCCGACCGGAUCAAGCUGCCGCCGCCCGUCGACCCGGUCGAGCUGCCGGUGGUGCAGGAGCGCUACAACCAAUACCUGCGCAUCACGCGGGCCCUCCGGGCCGAGUUCAAGUUUGAGCUGCUGCAGCAGCGCUAUGCGGAAAGGUACGGCGAGACGGGGAUGCAGCGGAAGGAGGCGGCGGAAAAGGAGCACCAGCAGCUGAUGGCCUUCAACGAUGCCGAGAACCGGCGUCUCCAGCAACGGAGGGAGGAGCGCCUCCGAAGGGAAGAGGCCGAAGAGAAGGAACGGCGGCUGAAGGGUGCCCAGAAUGCAGCCGCCCAACUGGAGGAAUUCCUCAAGGAGAGGGAGAGAGAGGUGCUCCAGCUACAGGAGGAUGCCAAGGAGUUCAUCACCCGCGACAACCUGGACGAGAAGAUCGAGGAGUGCCUGAACAAUCCCCGCAACUACAAUUUUGCCGUCGACAAGGACGGGCGGGUGGCCAAGCGGAGCGUUCUGUCUUAGGGGCCUUCCUGGGAGAGGCAUCCCCAGAGAGCCGACCGACCGUCCCUUCCGCCCAGACUCAGAAAACAACGAACUCAGCAGGAGCGAUACGUCGGCCUCCGGAUCGCCGGACCUGUUGGCGUCGAUGCGGGACUUUGCCGCUGGGUGAACUUUGCUGCUCUUCUUCGCUCGGAGCUGUUGCGUCGCCGGAAGAAUAAAGGGAUGGGUUUUGCUUUCGA